AUGUCCUCUGCUCCAUCUUGGGACACCUGGGAUGUGGACGAAAGAUUUGUAAGGCAAAUCAUUGAAGCAGCGAAUCGACGAGCCGGCAAAGUUAUCACGGACGAAGACAAGGCACGUCGUCAACGUCAGAUGAAAAACGCUGAGAAAGUGAAAGAGCUUGCGAUGACCAUAUCAAAGAAGAACAACUCAGUAGCUGAACGAGUUCGCUGUUACAUUCGCCACUCACAGGAAGUGGAAGAGGAUAUACGCAAACUUACACAGAACAUGAUUGAAGUUAGUAUUAUACUUCGGAGCUAG